AUGCCUUCUUACACAAAAUUUCUAAAGGAAAUCCUUUCUAAGAAAAGGAGACUGGAGGAUUAUGAGACAGUUACUCUAACAGAAGAAUGUAAUGCCAUCCUACAAAAUAAGCUGCCUCUGAAAUUGAAAGAUCCUGGAAGCUUCUCCGUACCAUACUUGAUUGGUAAUAUGAAUAUCAACAAAGCCCUCUAUGACCUUGGAGCCAGCGUGAGCCUAAUGCCCUUGUCUAUAUAUCAGAAGCUGAAUGUGGGAGAACUGAAACCAACUACCAUUUCCUUGCAAUUAGUAGACAGAUCUAUCAAGUACCCAGUUGGCAUCUUAGAAAAUAUCCCCAUCAAGGUGAGAAAAUUUUUUAUUCUAGUAGAUUUUGUUAUCCUGGAGAUCGAGGAAGAUGUCCAAUUUCUCAUACUAUUGGAAAGACUUUUCUUGGCAACUGCUGGAGCAAUCAUAGACAUAAAAAAUGGGCAUUUAACUCUCAAAGUGGGGGAUGAAGAGGUAGAAUUCAACCUGUUCCAAGCAUUAAAGCAAAAGUCUAAACUUGAUGAAUGUUUAAGGGCUGACAUCAUAAACAAGCUGAUGGAGGAAGAAUUUUAA